CAGGAUGUGACUGCUGCCAGCUCGCCAGCCAGGAAGCUGAUGCACUUCAUAGUAAACACAGUGGAAACCGCACACUAAACCUCAGCCUGGGACUUUUUGCUUUCUCCUGGAAGGUGCCAUAACAAAAAGAAACGACGGUUGGGCUGUUGAGAGGAGCGCAGCGGGAUGAGUGGGGCUGCACUGGGCAUCGAGAUAGUGGUGGUGUUUUUCCUGGCACUGUUCCUGCUGCAUCGCUAUGGGGACUUCCGUAAGCAGCAGCGCAUGGUGCUGUUUGGCACGCUGCUGGCCUGGUACCUGUGUUUCCUCAUCGUCUUUAUCUUGCCCCUGGAUGUCAGCACGACCAUCUACAAGCAGUGCAUUAUAGAUCAUGAGGAGCAUGCAUCUCUUUCCACUGUCAGUCCAGCACUGUCCAAUCAGACAGCAGGAAACCUGUCUGUCACACCAACUAAAAGUUCUCAAAAGUCAUGCCACAAGCCAUGGAGCUACAUUCCUGAUGGGAUUAUGCCUGUGUUCUGGAGAGUGGUGUACUGGACAUCCCAGUGUCUGACAUGGCUGCUGCUGCCUUUCAUGCAGUCGUAUGCCCGCUCUGGCGGCUUCUCCAUCACUGGGAAAAUUAAAACGGCGCUGAUAGAGAAUGCAAUAUAUUAUGGAACCUACUUGCUCAUCUUCGGCUCCCUGCUGAUAUACGUGGCCAUCCACCCCAAGUGGCAUCUGUCCUGGUAUGAGCUCCAGACCAUCGGCAUCACAGCAGCAAACACCUGGGGUCUUUUUCUGCUGGUGCUGUUGCUUGGCUACGGACUGGUGGAAAUCCCCCGCUCCUACUGGAACGCAUCACGGCGCGGACACCUGCUCAUCAAGACGUACUUCAAAGCUGCCAAACUGAUGACCGAGAAAGCUGAUGCUGAGGAGAACCUCGAGGACGUCAUGGAGGAAGUGAGAAAAGUCAGUGAAUCCAUCAAGUACAACCACCCACUGAGGAAGUACAUCGACACCAUUCUCAGAAAAUGUCCCGUGGAUUACCAAGAGAAGAUGGGCAGGAACAUGGACGACUACGAAGACUUUGAUGACAAACAAAACACUUACCCGAGUGAGAAGAGCCUGGUGAAGCUUCACAAACAGGUGAUCUAUGCAGUGCAGAGGCACAACAGGACCCGUGUCCAGUGGCAGAUCCUCCUGCAGCAGGCCAUCCAUCUGGAGGACGUGGCCAAGAACGAGACCAGUUCAACCCACCAGUUUGUCCACAGCUUCCCCUCCGCAGAGCCUCCUGGCUGGUUCAGCAGAUAUCUGUACACGCCGACUGUAGAGUGGUACUGGGAAUGCCUCCUGAAGCAGUGGUUUUACCGCGUGCUGUCUAUGGUCCUGACUCUGUUCAGCGUGGCCGUGGUUUGGUCUGAGUGCACCUUCUUCAGCACCCGGCCGGUCCUCUCACUGUUUGCUGUGUUCAUCCAGCUCGCUGAAAGAGACUACAACUACCUGUACAUCGAGAUGGCGUGCUUCGUCACAAUCUUCUUCCUGUGUACCUGCGUUUACUCCACUGUGUUCCGCAUCCGGGUUUUCAACUACUACUACCUGGCUUCCCACCAUCAAACUGAUGCUUACAGCCUCCAGUUCAGUGGCAUGUUGUUCUGUCGUUUGACCCCUCCUCUGUGUCUGAACUUCCUGGGUCUGAUCCACAUGGACUCUGCCAUCUCCCACCAGAAGAAGGAACAGACUGCUUACACCUCUAUCAUGGGGUCGAUGCGUGUCCUCUCGUUUAUUGCGAAUGGCUUCUACAUCUACUACCCCAUGCUCAUUGUCAUCCUCUGUAUUGCUACAUAUUUCAGCUUGGGGACCCGCUGCCUGAACCUGCUGGGCUUCCAGCAGUUCGUGGGUGACAGCGAGAUGACCUCUGACCUGAUUGAUGAGGGCAAGGAGCUGAUCCGACGAGAGAAAAGAAAACGGCAAAGAAUUGAAGAUGGUGAGAACAGACGAAGAGAGUGGAAGGAACGCUACGGCAACCCACGGGAUGAUUACGCAGCCAGGAACAGAGGUACUCAUGCUGAAAUGAAGGAGACCAGCUACUCUGAUACUGCGAACCCCACUGCUAACAGACAGGCAAAAUAUUCUCGGGGUGGGAGUCGAGCAGAGAGAGACUGCAUCGAGCUGCUCCAGGACGCAGAGCCAUUAGACUUCAACGCCGACUCUUUGACGGACGACCCUCUCGAGGCAGACUCCAGCAGGCACACAGGAGGAAGGUACCUGUCCAUGUCCUCUUCUCGGAGCCGCAUCUUUGAUGAUGUCUGAUGGGAGAAAAAACAAAAAGAAGAGAUGGAGACCUGAAGCAUCUGGGAUAAGCUGGAAAGCACAUGUUGUAUCACUGUCCUCACAUCCACCUCGCAGAGACGGCCAUAAGCAGGAAGAGAUACUCGAGCAACUCCCGUGAAUGUAGCACAUACAACUCCCAUCUCACGUUACACUGUAAAGCUUCCCCUCGUCUCACAGGAUGCACGAUCACGGAAAAAAACUCAACAGUCAUGACUUUUGAACAUUGUUUUUGAAGCCUUGAAAAUGCAGUUACAAAUGAGUUUUUUUUUUUUUUUUUUCAGUAUGUAUCACUGGAAAUUUAGAUAAAGAGCUGUGUGCAUUUCUCAUGUCAAGCUUGGCUGCAGGUAGAUGUAGGCUCUUUGAAGGAAUAAUAAUACAAAAAAUUGUAUUAUCAGUAUUUUUGUUAUUUUUUAAUUCCCUGUUAAGCCCCAGGUGCUGGUUGUAGCCAAAGCAGGGCUGCAACAUACAGAUUAGCCAUUUAUAGAAAUACCCUGUGAACAACAUCUGAAUGUAGACCGUGAUAAAUGUUGGUCAUACAUUACAGAUUAAUUCAUAGGGAAAAUAUUUUAGGAAAUCCACGAAGGAACAAAGCUGUCUCCUAACAAGUCGUGUCGGUAUCAACUCAAGAUUCCUCCCUGAGUUUUUCCCCGUCUGUGCUUUUUGUUCGAGCUGCAUGUCAGGACUGGCCGAAGUCAUCAGCACAGUUUUUAGCUUCAUAAUUUCAGCUAUCAUAUGCACACUAAUGUCUCCUUACAGAAUCUGUAUCUAUACAACAGAUGCAUGUGUGAAAUGUAUUUGAUAAGGCGGUUUUGAUCAGUUCGAUGGAAAGGUCAGUGAAGGUCCUUAUUUGUGUUUUAUUUUCUAUUAUUCUUGCAGCUUUAUUAAUCUGUGUAUCACUGUUAUUAUUAUUAUUAUUAUCAUCAUCAUCAUUAUCAUUAUAGAACUAACCAUAGGACUAAGGUUCACUCUUACUGUCAGUUAGUUUUUAUGUUGCCAGUCAUCUUUUCAGUCUGAUUUAUAGAUGAUCAGUGGAUCUAAUGUUAUUUCUGCUGCUGUAAGAAUUAAUAUGGAAGAGAAGUCACCGCUCACAGUUUCAUGUGAUGCCAAUGUAGUCCAUCUUCUCUGAGUCUGAUCUGAAAUAUUCAUGCAUAACUUUAUUCUUUUCUUACAUCCUGUAUGAAGGACACAUUUGUAGAAAAUAUUUGAAUCAAAGAAGUGGCGCUCAAGCGAGAUUUGAUCAUGAAUUACUGUGGCUGUAACUCUUAAGGUGUACAGAUUUAGAUAGUGGAGUUUCUUUUGUAUCAGACACAAAUAGGUUGUUCCUACCUUACAUGUUUCGGCAGCAAUACUUCCGCCUUCAAACAUGUAAAGUAGGAACAACCUAUUUGUGUCUGAUACAAAAGAAACUCCACUAUCUAUGUCAAGUAUAGACACUGAAUCUCUUUGGUGUACAGAUUUGUUCAGAGGUGAUUACUCUGUUUAUUUAAACAUCAAAACGGUGCUCAUUUAGAUGAAGAAGUACUAUCUGAGCUUUGUGAUCUUGAAACUUCUUAUUUGGUGUUGCUUAAGUUGUUCCAUACCAUUUGUGUAUAUGAUAUUUAAAGGUUCAAAUGUUUGGUUCAAAUCGUGCCAUGUUUUGUUUUGUUUUGUUUUUCACUGCCAUGUAUUUUCGCUAUACUGUGAAAAUGGCAGAUGUUUUGUUUUCCCAUCCACGGUUUGAGUUACUUUGAAGAAUUGUAAAUACUUUUCGCACAAAAAUAGGGGUCAGAAACAAACAGAAAAAAGUGACCUUUUAAAUAUCUGUUGCAUUUUAAAUUUCCACUCGGUCAAGAGAUCCUGCUGGCAGGAGCAGCUGAGCAUCAGGUCAGUCAGUGAGUUUCUGGAGGAGAAUCUCAGAACGGGCUUCACUGUGUCCAAAUGUUUGAAUUUCAUGCCGUCAGCAGGAGGAAAUUGUGAGCACAGUCUGCGGGAUACUUGUGGUAUUCGUGUGGAGUGCUUUUUGUCACUGGCAUGUGCACUGAAUGUGUUUAUCUCCCUUUGUCAUCUGCCAGAGACCCUGAUCUCCCCGUGUUCAUCCAUCAUACACUCUUGUAAAUAUUGUUUGAUAUAUUUUGUAAUAUAUGGGCUUACUAUUAAUAAUAUACAGACUGUCAAAUGUCACUUUCUAUUUAUUACAUUUCCCUGCGCCUGUUAACUCCCAGUAAAUGACAGUGUACAGCUCUAUCUGUUCAGUCUGAGUUGGCUGCUCCCUCUGAGGAUGUAUUUGUAAAACAGCACUACAAACCUUGAAGAUAUUUCCUGCUCAUACUGGUGACUCUGGUGAUGAAGUAUUUUGUUUUGGUUGUAUGUUCUGAAUAUAGCCUAUGAAUAUUUAUUGUGUUUGAACAUCUCCAUGCAUUUUUUUUUCUGAUCCUGGAAAUAGAGAGUAGUUCUGAUUUGUCAACCCCUACCAGUCCUGUGUUUUAGUGUACUAUCAGCAGAAAAGAUAUAUUGUAUGGUUUAUGAUGCCCGUGUUGUGUAAUUAAAUAAAACUUACUGAGGUAUGA